AUGGAAUCUUUUACUACUAAGGUACGAACUUUCGAUGCUUUUCCAAAAGUCGAUGCAGAGCAUACGGUUAGAUCGUCGAGAGGUGGAUUUUCAACGUUAAUCACUAUUAUCUGUGGAUUAUUGAUUCUUUGGGUAGAAAUAGGAGGGUUCCUUGGUGGAUAUGUGGACCAUCAAUUUACAAUCGACGACAAAAUAAAGUCAGAUUUAUCUCUUAAUAUCGAUAUGUUGGUUGCAAUGCCGUGUGAAUUUCUUCAUACCAAUGUCAUGGACAUCACCGACGACAGAUUUUUGGCGGGAGAAUUAUUGAAUUUCGAAGGAACCAAUUUCUUUUUACCUCAGCACUUUGAAAUAAACAGUAAGAAUAGCGAUCAUGAUACACCUGAUUUAGACCAUGUUAUGCAAGAAACAAUGAGGGCCGAAUUCAGAGUAGCAGGUGCCCAUAUGAAUGAAGGAGCUCCCGCAUGCCAUAUUUUUGGCUCCAUACCGGUAAACCAAGUUAAAGGAGACUUCCAUAUCACUGGAAAAGGCUUUGGAUAUUCCGAUGGAAGACUGGUCGUUCCAUACGAAGCAUUGAAUUUCACACAUGUCAUUUCGGAAUUUUCGUAUGGUGAUUUCUAUCCAUUCAUCAACAACCCCUUAGACUUUACUGGUAAAGUUACGGAACAAAAGCUACAAGCGUACAAGUACUACUCCAAAGUUGUUCCUACUGUUUAUGAGAAAUUAGGCAUGAUAAUCGAUACAAACCAAUAUUCCUUGACUGAACAACACAAUGUAUAUAAAAUUAAUCGUUAUAACAGGGCUGAUGGUAUUCCUGGUAUUUUCUUCAAGUAUGAAUUCGAACCAAUAAAAUUAGUCAUAUCCGAAAAGAGAAUUCCAUUUAUUCAAUUUGUAUCAAGGUUAGCUACUAUUAUCGGAGGUUUACUUAUCGUAGCUGGGUACCUCUAUCGUUUAUAUGAAAGAUUACUUACUAUCUUAUUUGGUAAGAGAUAUACUGAAAGAGAUACCGAGAAGUUGCGUGGAGGCUUGCUUGACAGAGAUUCUCCAAAAAACAAAAGAGAUUAUUGA